CAUUGACAAAUCGUCCAAAAAUAAUGAGUUGAACAAUUCAAAGUCUGCGCUAUUGGCAAAAAAAACAUGAGAGAGAGAGGUAGAGAGAGAAACAGGGAUUCAAGCUACAGGCUCCAUGCAAGAUCGGGACGAGCAGCACUGAGCAGAGAGUAUGCAGGAUCACAAGGGAGAAGCAGACAAAGGAGGUCAGUGAAUACAGGGUACAGGAAAGUUAGCAGAAGUAAGAAGUUCAACCAUGAUUGGGGGUACAACAAAGGAUUGUAUAAACAGGCUACAACCUUUUUCUUCUCAAAUAUCCCAAAUGAUUGGAACUACAAUGACAUGUGGACAACUUUCGAUAGAUAUGGCAGGUUGAUAUCAAUCUAUAGUCCGCAAAGAAGAAGUCAAUCUGGAAGGAGGUUUGGUUUCCUCAAGUACAUUGAGGUAAGAAAUGUGAGGGAUCUGGAAGAGAAACUGGACCAAAUCUGGGUUGCUGGGCGGAAAAUAUGGGUUAACAUUGCCAAAUACACUGAGGAGAAGAUUGUAGCCAAGAAGAAAAGUCUACACUCAAAUCCAUCUAUUGUGGUAGAAGGGAAAUCCUAUGCAGAUGCUGUUAAAGGCCAGGAGGAAAUGAAAUAUGGCAAAACAGGGUCUCAACUAAAGCAGAUAAGGCCAGAGACGAUGAAUGGAAAAAAGGGAAGCAUCCCCAAAAACAGUAAAAUAGAGCAAAGAAAGAUAUGGAGAGUAAAAAACAGAGGGACAGAAUGGAGAGGAUUGGAAUACAAUGUGAAGGAAGAAGAUUAUGAGUGGCUACAAGGCUGCUAUGUUGGUAUUGCCCAUUCAGUUGAGAUGGUACCCAACAUCCAAGAGAAAUUUUAUAUAGAAGGGUAUUUCUCAUGUCGGCUAAGGGCGAUGGGAGGCAAGAUGGUUCUCAUGGAUUGCGAGGACAAAGAAGAACUAAAGGAUUUAGUGCAGGGAGCUGCAGAUUGGUUUGGGCAAUGGUUCUCUGAAGUUAAACCUUGGUCACCUCUUAUGGUGGCAAAAGAACGGUUCGUUUGGAUCAGAUGUCAAGGAACCCCUUUGCAAGCUUGGGGUCCUGCGUUCUUUGAGUCAAUGGCAGUUCCAUGGGGCAAAUUUAUAUGCCUGGAUGAUAGUACAAGUCAGAAAAGGAGAUUUGAUAUAGCGAGAUUCCUCAUAUCAACCCAGAUAAUGGACCUCAUCUCAGUCAAAAGGCAAAUUACAGUGAAUGGGGAGGUGUACUGUCUCAAGUUCACUGAGGAAGAGAUGACUAACAGUCUAUUUUCUCUGAGAUAUGAUUUCUUACCCAGCUUUAAAAGAACCAACUGGGAGAGGGCCGGGGAAGAAGAAAAAGCCGUUGAUGAUACAGUGGGCCACAGUACAAAUGACAGAAGGCACGCCGUCAGUUCAGCAAACGAGGAAGAGUUUGAAUUAGAAGAAAGAGGUGCUGAAGCGAGACAAUUUGAAAAAGCUGAAGGGAGUCCCCAAUGCCGGCUAAAAGAAUGGGAAACUGAAGAAGAAGUAGCUGACAGCAUUGACGAAGGAACAGUGAAUGAAGUUCAGGAUGGACUAGAUGAGAAAGGUAGGGAAAAAGAAGCUAGUACAAACAACCAAACUAGCUCAGACCCUAUCCAAGCAUCGAGGGAUGAGUUACGGGUUGAGCAAGCUGCACAAACAAAAGGUAAAAUGGGCCACAAACAAAAUGUUGUAAAGGGCUUGGUAGAGAGGCAAUGGGCCUGCAACAAAAUGGGAACAAUAGAAUGGAGGGGGCCCAUUCCACUAAAUAAAAAAGCAAAAAAGAAAGGGAGCAUAAUAAACAUGAAAGCUCUGGAAGAUGUCCGAAGAACCCAUAGCCGCUCGUUGAGGGCAGAUAAGGGGAUCGAAGACAGCAGCGGGAUGGAAAGGUCGAACAAAGUAGGAGAUUCUGCUCAGCGGGUGUGUGAAGAUGAAGGAAUGCAGCUGCAGAUCUCAAAGCAAGCACAUGAAGUGGGGAUUUCUGCUCAGGUGGAGCACGUAAAAGAGGAAGUGCAGCUGCAGAUCUUGAAGAAGAAGGGAUCGAAGGGGGCUAAGGAGGUAAUCUCGAUAGAGAAAGAGGGGGAUCCGGUUCAGUUGGAGCACAAACAUGAAGAAGCGCAGCUGCAGAUCCAAAAGCAGAAGGGAUUGAAAGGGGCAGAGGCAGGAUUUUUCGAAGAGCCAGAAGGGAUCCCUGUCCAGGUCCUAGUUAACAAGAACAGAAAGAAGAGGACAAAGUCAUGCCGCUCGGUGUAUCUCAAAGCACAGCUGUCAGGGGUGAUGAUUCGGAACAACAAGGGUAGAGGGAGAUCCAAGGAGAGCAAGCCAGGAAAAGUGGGUUUUCCAGAAUUUUUGUCAAAUGGAAGGGACUCAGUGGCGGGAGACUCAGUUGGGGAUAGCGGGAUUGAGAAUUGCAACCGAAUCUUAAAAGAGGAACAAAGCAGGAAAACAGCAGAAGAUCUAUGGAAUUUUGCAAAAAGAAUUGGGGUGGUUGCAGAGGAUGAGGUAGGUGUAAUUCGGGAUUUAGAGGAGAUGGAGAAAAGAGCAGAAAAGAAAAAGAAGCGGAAGGCUCCAAGGGAGGGAACAAGCAUAAGAAGGUUAGUGUUUUUGCCCCAUGAAUUUGAUGUCUUAUAAUAUUAGAGGGCUAGGAGGUGUCGGGAAGAAAAGACACUUGAAGGAAUUAAUAAAUAAAGAAAAAGUGGAUUUUUUA